CCCUGGGGGACACAGUGGGGCACCAGCGGUCAGGGCCGUGCCCGCAGGGCACAGCCCCGCAUUCCAGACUUGCAGGACUGGGCCUAGGCUGAACCUGAGUCAAGGAGUGAGGACGCCCGGGCCCUGUCAGCGGGCUCCCCUCGUCCAUCUCCAGCAGCUCUCGGCCCCCCGCCCCCAGGCCUUCCAUGGGUCAGCCCUGCUCCAUCUUCUCAUCUGGGGCUGAAUCACACUCCAUGGCCAGCCAGGCCCUGGCUCCCUUCAUUUCCUCCCUGUCCUGUAUUUGACACUCCUUUCCUGGUUCUCACCGGUUUCCGGUGAAGGGGUUGUGCGAGGUGCAGAAACGUACUCCAAGAGCACAGCCCCUCCCAGCUGCCUCCCUCCCGCCAUCGGGCUCCUGCCAGGCUCCUGCCAGGCUGGAGGGGAGGGAGCCCUACCCUAGACGCAGCCUCAAUGGGCCUGGCGUUGGGAGAAGCAAGCAUGAGGCCGCUUGCCUCCUAAAAAUACACACCAGGGCUGCCGGAGGGCAGAGCCUGUGUCUUUUUCUUUUAUGAUCUUGCCAGCACAGUGCGGGGGAUUAAAGAGUGCUCUACGUUAGUAAUCAAAAGAAUAAUAAACAACCAACCCAGUGCACCAAGGCUGUGGGGUGGAGCGACAGCUCUGGCGGAGCUCUGAUCCACCAACUCCACACCCUGAUAAGGUCUGCAGUGGGAAUGAAAUCACCUCUUCCAUGAAGAGGUGUGGGAAGUGUGAAGCCCACCCGAACUGGCGCAGAAGUGAGCCAGGCCAGGGGUUGCAACGCAGGGCCGACUGCUGAGCCGUGUUCGAGACCCAGUGAGUGUGCACUCACGGAAAAAGCCAGGGAGGGAAGUUCAGUGGUCAGUGACCUGGGGAUUAUGAAGGGAGUGGCUGGGGUUAAUAUGCCAGACCGUGGCCAACAGGUUUGAAGCAAGGGCUGUACAGAACCAGGAAGUGUGACUCAGCCCGGAUCCCCCUACUUCUCCGACAGUCCCAGCCUUCUCAUCUGUCCCAGGCUGUGGCAGCGCCAAGAACAGGUGCCCUCCCAGCCAGGCCCAGGCACUGCUGAUAGUGUAGCCCCAUGUGGCCCAGCCUUUUCUACAGAGGGUCCCCAAAUAAGGCCCAGGCAACCCAAGGGAAAGGAUUGGAGCAAGGCAGGAUAGGAAGCAGCAGGACCGUGGCCCUCAAGUGCUCUCCCCUACCCUGAGGAGUAAAUCCGGGAAGCUGAGGAACUGCCUGGCGGCAGGCUGAGGGGACAACAGUUCUCCCACCUUCAGGUAAUGCUGCUCUGCAGAGCAAACUUAAGAGUCACCCAGGCAUGCCCUGAGCCCAGCCAAGGGAGGAGCCAGCCCUUUAUAGGCAUGGGGCUGCUUCCCGUUAAUACACCCUCUGCCUCUUCCCCCUCAUACCUGCAGGGUUGGCUAAUGAGGGCCGUCACCAGGCCUCAGGACUGAGUCACCCACACCAGUGACAGGUCUCUUCCUUCCCCAACAACUGUUCCACAUGCCUGCCUUUCAAUUAAUUCCCACCCUCCCUGAGCUCCUCCCUCCCAGACACUUGGGGGAUGGAGCGGGGUUGGGGAUCCAGGCCCACCAGCUAGGGCUCUGAGGCCAUACGGCUGCGGGGGCAAAAGGAGGCAACUGGUGACACAAAGCAGGACUGCCCCCAGUCCUGCCCCCAGUCCUGCCCCCCUUCCCUCAGGGGAAUCCAAAGCUCCCCACUGCCCUGGGGUGUUGGCCACAGCUGGCCCAAUCCCGGUCCCCGGAUGCUGCAAUUACCUAAGAGCAUGAAACCCGGCUUCCCACCUGACUGAGUCACCUGAAAACAACACAUCCCCACUGCCGCAUACUGGCACAAACAGCCAAGCCACUAAUCAGAGUCCGGGAGCUGCGGCAGAGAGGCCUGGCCCCGCGCUGCCCUGAAGCCAAGGGCAGGGGCCGGGGAGGGAAGGUGAACUCAGGCCCACCUGGAGAAGCUGGAUGCUGAGGAAGCUGUACAGGCUGCCCUAGCACCUCAAGAUCCAGCUCUGGCACCUCAGGGAGCCCCCUGCACUUUGACUCCAGUAAGUGCUGCUUCUUCCUCUUGGGUUUUUUUCUCACUGCCCUAUCAAGUCACCAGGCCACUCCUGUCACUCUGGGAGACCCCUGUCACCAGGAACUCCCACCUCUCUGCUCUCCUGGACAAAAGCAUCCUCUUCCCAGGAUCUCCUCCCACCCUCCAAGAUGCUGGCCAAAAGUCUGUGCUUCUAGCCCACUAGGGCUGUCUCCGGAUUCUUGCCAUUUGCUGCUCCAGCAGGAACCUAAUGGUCCCUAGCUUCUCUUGAACUGGGCUGCUGAGGUACCAGGCUUGUCUGCUGGCUCCCCAGGGUGCCAUGGAGACCUGGCGGAAAGGCUCCUUCCGCAACGCCUCCUUCUUCAAGCGGCUGAGCCUGGGGCGGCCGAGGCGACUCCGGCGACAGGGCAGUGUGCUUAGCCAGGCGAGCACAGCUGGUGGGGACCAUGAGGAGUAUAGCAACCGAGAGGUCAUCCGGGAGUUGCGAGGCCGGCCAGAUGGUCGGCGCCUGCCUCUGUGGGGGGACGAGCAGCCCCGGGCCACCCUGCUGGCCCCACCCAAGCCUCCACGCCUCUAUCGAGAGAGCUCCAGCUGCCCCAACAUCCUGGAGCCCCCACCUGCCUACACCACUGACUACUCGGCCACCCUGCCCUCAGCGCUGUCCCUGGCGGGUGCCCUCCACCACUACUCUGAGGACAACUUUUUGGACACUCCCCCUUCCCAGAGGACACCUGCUCCAGACCUCAAUGAUCCCUUCUUCUCCUUCAAAGUGGACCUGGGGAUUUCACUUCUUGAGGAAGUUCUACAGAUGCUGAGGGAGCAAUUUCCAAGUGAACCUAGCUUCUGAAUGGGGUGCAGGUGGGCAGUGGUGGGGUAACUGGAAGAGCAGAAGCCUGGAGACCCAGGAAGGAGGGGUCAGUUCCAUAUGAAGAAAAAGAUAGGGAUAAGAAUCCAGGAUCCUGCCUGCCCUCCAGGUCCUGAACAGUCUUCUCUGUCACCCUGGAGCGGGGGGACAGAGGCACAGAGACAAGCUGGAAGUGCUGUGAGGGGGCACUUGCUGGCAGGAGCCCUGAAGGCAGUUGGCCAGGGUGGGAAAGGGAGGCCAUGCCUGUAACCAUAGAAAGCAGGCACAGACCAACAGGGGGGGAGUUGGGGAGAGGAGGAUAUAUGGACUGCAGAGAUCAGUCAGGUGCCCGGCACCAGCCCCCUCUGCAGCCACGGUUAACAGAGAGACAUCACAGGAUAGGUCUAGGCAAGAGCGGUUCAACCCAGGCCAAAGAGCAAAGUGGGAAGACCUGAGGGGAAAGCCACUGGCUACCUGUGGCUGUUCAAAUUGAAAUUAAGUAAAAUUAAGAAUUUAGUUCCUUGGUUGCACUGGCCACAUUUCAGAUGUCCAACAGCCACAUGUGACUAAUGGUACCACAGGACAGUGCAGGUUGAACACGGACAUCACCCGAGAAAGCCCUACUGGGCAGCACUGGUCUAGACCACAGCCUGGAGCCACAAGUGCCGCAGCACGGGGUGGUGGAGAGGGGGAGCUCAACAGGACCUGCAGGGGAAGGGAGGGGCUGGUGAGGCAUGCAGAGGGGCCGAGUUGUACUCUUAUACUUGGGAGAAAGCCAAACAAAUCAUUUGCAGAAAAGGGACAAAAGAAACAAGCCUCCAACGCAGCUGCCCACGGCACUCCCUGGUGCCGAGGCAGGUGGUGGUAGGGAACGCCAGCCCAAGGACAGACACAGCUUGCAAAGGGCUGCUUGGAGGAGUUCCCAGAAUUAUUAGUGAUGGGAACACUUGGGAAAUGUAGCAGCAAAAGUGGCAGAUUUCCUUUUCUGCCCAAAGAGCUUAGGAAGACUGGAUCAAGGAUGGACAUGAAAUUCGUGACUGUUACAGUCAAGGAGCUCAGCUAGUCUCCAGAAUCCUCCACCAGGAUUGGGGAGCUCUGCUUUGCCCACACCUGCUGAUGAAGGGGGCCUGCCAUCCAGCGCCGAGCCCACUGGUCAAGACCAAAGGUAUGCUACUGCCCCUGCCUUAUGGCCUGGACAGAAGACUUGAAACCAGAACACAAUGGGUCACAUGGUUCUGACCCUCCAGGCCUCUCUGAGCAUGGCAGAGGGGGAGAGGAAGCUUUGAUGCACACUGCUUUCAUACCCAGAUCUGUGUCUUCCCCCUUCCCUCCUCUGUGCGGACUUGUUGCUGAGUUGAAAGGCUCCCCUCUGGAUGCAGGAGAUAAUGAAUAAAGUUCUUUGUAACAUG